CCGGUCACGUGCUUUAUGGAGCAGCUGCUGGACGCGUUAUUGCUAGGCAACGCUUGCAAGCUCUGUCCUAAGCUGGAUCUCUGUGGUGUAGGAUCUGGGCGCCGCGGGCCGACAUGGAUCAGUAUUGCAUCCUCGGUCGCAUCGGGGAGGGCGCCCAUGGAAUCGUCUUCAAAGCCAAGCACGUAGAGACUGGCGAGAUCGUUGCCCUCAAGAAGGUGGCCCUGCGGCGGCUGGAGGAUGGUAUUCCUAACCAGGCCCUCAGGGAAAUCAAAGCUCUGCAGGAGAUCGAGGACAGUCAAUACGUGGUGCAGCUGAAGGCCGUGUUCCCACACGGUGCAGGCUUUGUGCUGGCUUUCGAGUUUAUGCUGUCGGACCUGGCAGAGGUGGUGCGUCAUGCCCAGAGGCCACUGGCCCCAGCACAGGUCAAGAGCUACCUGCAGAUGCUGCUCAAAGGUGUUGCAUUCUGCCAUGCCAACAACAUUGUGCAUCGGGAUCUGAAGCCUGCCAACCUGCUCAUCAGUGCCUCAGGCCAGCUCAAGAUAGCUGACUUUGGCCUGGCCCGGGUCUUCUCUCCAGAUGGUGGUCGCCUCUACACACAUCAGGUGGCCACCAGGUGGUACCGAGCUCCUGAGCUCCUGUACGGUGCUCGGCAGUAUGACCAGGGCGUUGACCUAUGGGCUGUGGGCUGCAUUAUGGGAGAGCUGUUGAAUGGGUCCCCCCUGUUCCCGGGAGAAAACGAUAUUGAACAACUGUGCUGUGUGCUUCGCAUCCUGGGAACCCCGAGUCCUCGAGUCUGGCCGGAGAUCACAGAGCUGCCUGACUACAACAAGAUCUCCUUCAAGGAGCAGGCACCAGUGCCCCUGGAGGAGGUUCUGCCUGAUGCCUCUCCCCAGGCCUUGGACCUGCUGGGCCAGUUCCUCCUCUACCCUCCACGACAGCGAAUUGCAGCCUCCCAGGCCCUUCUGCAUCAGUAUUUCUUCACAGCUCCUCUGCCUGCCCAUCCAUCUGAGCUGCCAAUCCCUCAGCGCCCAGGGGGACCUGCACCCAAGGCUCACCCAGGGCCUCCCCAUGUCCACGACUUCCAUGUGGAUCGGCCACUUGAGGAGUCACUGUUGAACCCAGAACUGAUUCGGCCCUUCAUCCCAGAGGGGUGAGAGGCUGGUUCAGUCUUUCCUGCUUGCCCUAGGAGCACCUCUUCCUGAUUUGCCUCCGUGGCCUCCCCAUGGCUAUAUAUAUAUACCAUACCUGGUCCUGCUCUUUAGCGUGCUUGAGGGCUGGGCUCUGGGAGGCAGAACCAUGAAGAUGUUCAUUGCAGCAGAGAAAGAGACUCACAGCUUCCAGACACAGCCUCCGGGAACUGCUAGCUGUGUCCUUCUCCAGGGCCACCCCUCAGUGGUGCCACCCAGAGAUGAGUCUCAGGCUCUGUCUCAAGGACAUUGUUACUACAGCACCACCUGGUGGAAGCACAGAGUAUAAGCUGUCUUCAUAUUGAGGACACAGCUGGGAAGUCAGACAUGCUUUAGUUUUAGUCUCAUUGGAUCAGGAUUUGAGAUUCAUGUAAAAGCCCUGGGUGUUUCUGCCUGUAUUUGCACCUUGUCUGUUGCUUUUAGGGAAAGGACAAGGGUGGGCCUUAAUUCGUAGGGGUCAGGUAGCCAGAGGGUGCCUCCAGGAUGGGCCGUUUAGAUCCUGAGGCUUCCUGUGCUAUUCACGGGACUGGAGUGCUCAUUUGGGAGGGAGGGGCCAGAAGCUGAAGCCCGGGGAUGGACAGUCCAGCUCCCAAAGCACACUUUCCACGUGCUGGGUGGUUAAUCAGGGAGCCUGAGGCUGCUGCGCAGAUGUCAAACAGGCAUUCCUGGAAUUCAUUCAGUAAAUACAUUCCAGUGUGGCUCAGCCAGCCUAUUUUUUAUUUCGUAGGGAAAUAUCAAGAUGAGUCUAAAACAGUGGUUCUCUACUUCCCAGUGCUGCAACCCUUUAGUUCUCCAUGUUGUGGUGCCCCCCACCUCAACUAUAAAAUUAUUUUUGUCAUACUUUAUAACUGUAAUUUUGCUACUGUUUUGAAUCAUAAUGUAAAUAUCUCAUAUGUGAUUCCCAAGGGGGUCAAGACUCACAGGAUGAGAACCACUGAUCUAGAUCCCAAGAUGUCAAGGAGCAAGAGGGGGGAGCAGAGAGAUGAUGGAAGAACUUGUGUAUUGGCUAUUCAGAUUUACUGGAAGAUUAUAUAACAACUAAGACAGGAUAUUGUUUCAGAGAUGGAUUAGAUAGGCUCUUAAGUAUCUAUUAUUCAGAUGCGAGACAAAAAUCUGCAGGUGGUUAUGGCAUACACCUGUAACCCUGGCACUCAGGUCAGACUCAGGGGAGGGCUCCUAAGAGUAGAAGUCCACGCUAGGCCACAGUGUAAGAUCCUUUCUCAAAAGAAAAACCCAAAACAUAUAUGUGUAUAUAUGCAUAUAUGCAUAUAUAUGUGUAUAUAUAUGCAUGUAUAUAAUAUAUACACAUAGGAGAUACAUUACAUUUUUAAAAUGUUUGUUGUAGGCCUAGAGUCAGCUAGUGUUCCCUCGCUUCCUCUCUCUCUUUCUCCCUCUCCCCUUUCCCUCCCUGCUCAGACCCUUGUUAAUACUGCAACCCACUCCACUGUAAAAAGUUCCUGCCAUUCAUAAACACAUAAAGUCA